AUGUCUAAAGGAGUUGCUCCUUCAACUUUUAAAGCUUACACUUCAGCUUGGUCUUCUUUUCUAAUGUUUUGCUACUCCUUUCAGAUACCUUUAUUUCCUAUUCUGGUUACCACGGUUUGCUCGUUCCUUGUUUUUAAUUUCGAAAAUCGCAAUUUAAAAAUUUCCUCAAUUCGCAGAUUGCUCGCUGGGAUUCAAUUUUAUGCUAAAUAUUUUAAUCCCGAUUUUCCAAGUCUCUUCACUGAUUCUUCCGUUAGAUUACUGCUCAAAGGCUUCGCUAAAUCCUCUACGAAUUCCCCCGACAAAAGGUUGCCUUUUUCUUUGCCUCUGUUGCAAAGAUUAAUCCUUUCCCUACGCAAUGGCCUUUUUUCCAUAUACUCCAAUAUUCUGCUAGAAGCAGUGUUCUUAACUGCUUUCUAUGGAUUUAUGCGCCCAGGCGAAUUCACUUCAGCAUCUAAACGUUUUGAUCCUGUCCGUGGUCUCUGUCUCUCUGACUUACAUUUCUCUCCUAACUUCUUUACACUUUUUCUUAAACACUCUAAAAAUGACUCUUCUGGUUCUGGUGUUUCCAUAACAAUAUCCAAAAUAAGCAAUAAUUUCUGUCCCUUCACAUCUAUGAUUAGAUUCCUCAAAAUUCGCCCUAGAUCCUCAGAUCACUCACCCCUAUUCUCACUCUCUAACGGAGCUCCUCUUUCUAAAACCUGGUUCAGAUCUCAUCUAGUUUCUGUCCUUAAAAACUGUAGCCUAUCCCCUUCCCUGUAUACUGGACACUCAUUUAGGAUAGGAGCAGCUACUACAGCAGCCGAACGCGGCGUUCCUACAACAGCUAUUAAGAUUCUGGGAAGAUGGUCUUCCUCCGCUUUUGAGUCUUACAUAAGACCUGACCUUAAGACCAUCCUCGAAGCUCAGCAAGCUCUGCAAUAAUAAUUCAGGUACGUCAAGAUAGACAGCCGGCAAGUAUAUUAAUUUUCCAUUUCUGGGGGUAGGCUCCAUUCCAAU